UAAAAUUUAAAUUAUAGGAAGAUAUAAAGAAGGCCAUAAAAAUCCACUUAUAAGUCAAUCUGGGACUUUUUCUCUCUUUUUCUUACUUUUCUUUUUAUUCUUUUUCAUUUCUUGUUUUCAAUCAACAUGGUUCUCCAUAUUUUAUUAUCCAAAACAUAGACCGAUUUUGCCUUCUUCAUUUUUACUAAUCGGAACUUUCCUAGCCUCUUCACCUUAGGUUGACCCUCACAUCCUAUCAGCUUUUGAGGAGCUUUGAACUUUUUAAAAUUUCAAUUAAACAAGAACAGAAUGUUUGUGCCUUCACCAGCCAGUGACGUAGCUCGUAGGCUCAAGCUGGCCCCUCUGCCAAGACAGCCCAGCCCGUCCUGUCCCCUCUUGUUCACCUGGCAGAUGCUCUUCCUUUCCUUCGUCAAGACACACCUAGACUAUGACUUCAUCGAUGAAGGCUUCUCACCAAUCCCCCAAACAAUUGAACAUCUACAGCCCCACCCCAACCCAGCCCUGGACCAGAUACCAUGUUUUAUUGUUCCUGUGACUGUAAACCCCUUGAAGACAGCAGCCUCUCUUAGCCUGAAGUAGGUGUCUUCUAAAGGAACUGUGCUAGGUGUUGGUGCUGGGUGUGAGGAGGGAGCAGCUUCCAGGUGAGGAAGAAGACAGAGAGAUUGCUUGCCUUGCUAGCCUGAGGACCUGAGUUUGAUCCCCAGAACCCCACAUAAAGAAAAGCCCACCUUGGUGGAGCAUGCUUGCUGGGGAGGCAGAAAAAGAUGGAUCCUUGGGGUUUGCUGACAAGCCUAAGAAGCAAGUUCCAGGCCAAGAAGAGCCCCUACCUCAAAAAAAAGGGGGGACCUAAGGAAUGACACCCAAGAUUAUCUUCUGCCCUCCAUACACAAAGAGAGAAACAAAUUUUACAAAAAUGCACACACAUACAUGAAUUCAUGCUCAAACACAAAAGGAAUGGAGAAAGCACUUUCAGUAACACAGCUCCGAGGCCACUUUGUUGGGGGUGGGGAGACCACCUUUUCUGACUCUGAUGGUCCAAUUUGUGAAUGAGAGGAACUGAUUUGCAUCUUAUCAGAGGGGACUUGAGCAACUGGCAAAGACAGAGCUCCCCCCAUUCUCCAAACUCCCUGUAAAUCCCAGCUGUCCAUGGUGCCAACUCAGCACAGGGCACAGGAUGUGUGGGGAACAACGUCUGUUGUUGACGAUUGAGGCAAGCCACACUAAACACCUGAGGAAACAAGUAGCUGGUAUGUGACGGAUGCCUGAGCUUGGCUGCCACUUUCUGCUGGUCUUUCUGUGGGAAAGGGAAGGGAGGCAAAGGUCUAGAGAGGAGGCAUAAUCGCCCUGUUGUGCUUUGGGUUCCAUCAGGAAGCUCAGCCCGCUGCGUUGAAGGAAGCUGGGAAUUCAUGCUACAACCUGACAAGAGACUCUGUGAAGAGCAGAGCUGGCCCAGGGAAAGCCCUGCCUCGUAAUCCUCCUGGUGGACAAUGAGCAUCACGGAUGUGCUUAGUGCUGACGACAUCGCGGCAGCCCUGCAGGAAUGCCAAGACCCAGACACUUUCGAACCACAAAAGUUCUUCCAGACAUCAGGCCUCUCCAAGAUGUCCGCCAGCCAAGUGAAGGAUGUCUUCCGGUUCAUUGACAAUGAUCAGAGCGGAUACUUGGACGAAGAGGAGCUCAAGUUUUUUCUCCAGAAGUUCCAGAGUGAUGCUAGAGAACUGACUGAGUCAGAGACCAAGUCCCUGAUGGCUGCAGCGGACAAUGAUGGAGAUGGGAAGAUUGGGGCCGAUGAAUUCCAGGAAAUGGUGCAUUCUUAAAGCCCAAGUCUAUGGAAGAGAGAGCGGAAGGGGCAUUCUGCCAGGAGGUCUCCGAAGCCCUGGGAUCAGGAAGCUCCCCAACCUAUCCCGAACUAAUUCCCUGAGUCCUCCUGAAGUGCUUCUGCAAUGUGCUCCUUGUUUGAGGAAAUGCAACGGUCUGUGGCUCUUCAUUCUUUGGUGGUGGUGGGUAUAGGUCCUGAUGACUUCUGUAAGUCCCCCCUGGCAGGCAAUGCCUUUAAAAAAAAAUCACCCAAUAAAAUCCUUUCUCAUCAUUGGCUGA